GGCUCGUAAGUGGUAAAAAUUGAAGGACUGGAAUAUUAAACUCUUGAAUUCGUAAUUUCUUGGUUACUUUGUCACGCCGACAUGAAUCUAUCGCCGAUAGGAAGUCAGCUGCAACAGGAGCCACUUUUGCGAGCGAAAAAUCUGGGCCGAAGAGUUUCAGUACAAAACAACCAGCUGAAUAGUAACUGGGAAAGAGUGAAAAAGUCACUGGAGAAGAUUCGACUCUUUUCCGAGAGUAAAAUGGAAAAGGACAAAAACGAAAUGCUGAAAUAUCAAGAGAAACUCAGGGGAAGCAGUGGAACGUACCAAUUUUACGAGGAAGUAUCCAAGGUAAUAACAACACCAAGAAGCCGAGCAACGAGUUUCACUAUGGGUCAAGGGGAAGCCAUGAAACAAGAAAAUCUGGUAAGAACACGCCAACGGCGUUCAUCCAUUUCAAGCGAAUCGUCAGCUCAAACUAGCACUGUUAGUUCUGAGCAAAAGCGAGUUUUUCGAAGACGAGCAAGUUUAUCACUGUUAGAUCUUCGGAAGCUGAACGAAGGUUUGGCAGGAAAAUCUCGUUUGGCAGAUAACUCAAAGCCUUUUCUAAACCCUUUGGAGGAACAGCCUGCAAGCAGGCGAGGGUCGGUUUUCGAAAACAACGAGGGCGACGACGAACCCAUCCGACUCCCGCCGACGGUUCGCUUACCCCCGAUUUACCAGAUACGACCAACGAAACUAUCUACUAGAAAUUUUGAAAAGGAUUUUGAAUACGAGAGAGGGACAAGAUCCGGUUCAGAUGGCUUAGAAGACUUGAAAUACUGUCGAUAUCUUAGAAAUACCAGAAGGAAGAGUAUUGCAUAACAAGACUAAGUGAGUAAUGAGAUUUCGCUGAAAGUGAUAAGCGAUAAACCUUAACCGCCUCUUAGAAAAAGAGAUAAGAAAGUGCCGUUUAUAAAGUAUUUUGUCAACCUCAGUGUAUUGAGAGGGUGGAGGAAGCGGUUUUAAUAAAUUUUUUUUCAUACGCGGCUACCUAAGAUGUAACAGGCGGUUGUGUCCGAGAAGGGACCGUAAAGCUAAACCCAGACAAGUGCACAAGAACAAGCUCGCAGCUGGCUA